UGGUUUGACAAUAAUGAAGCAUGUUACUUUACAAAAAAUUGUUGCUCAUGACUUUCAGUACGACCCUCGUAGGUUUGUAUGUGCAGUAGACGAAUAUCAGGGCCAGAGAUGUACGCAUAGACGUGCUUAGUUAAUAUGAGUACACCUAUUUAUACUUGGCUUAUUUAACGACGAUGUCAGGAGCCAAAUCCAUAUAUCGUUGGAGGGUAGGUUGACUAGGGAAUAUCGGAUCGGAAAUGAUUGGAGAGGAAAUGGCCAUGCCCAAAUUUUAGGAAUUAUCCUAGAAUUUGCCUGAAACGGCUGAGAAAAGCCACGAAAUAACUUACAGGAACCAGUGAGCGACUGAGAUUCGAACUAGGUACAUCUAAAAUACUAGUCACAAGCGUUACAACUUGAGCCAACUUAAUCUUUAUGCUUUUACCCGUGAUUAGUCACAAGCGUUACAACUUGAGCCAACUUAAUCUUUAUGCUUUUACCCGUGAUCUGAUUCUAGUUAUUUAAUAAUGUAGGUAUUAGAUUUCGAAAGGUAUAGAGGUGUAUGGUCCAAAUUAUAGUCUACAUAUUUUCCAGGUAUGUUCGUUACGACCCCAUAUGUAACAUUUACCUAGUUUGGUUUUAUAUUUAGUUAAAUACGCUUGAUCACUUUCAUGGCGUAUAAACGUAUUUUAAUGGCCGUGGAAAAUUUUGCUUGAGAACAUCAUGCCGUUUACAUAGGCAGUAGCUGUGAGGGCAUCUGAGUUGUAAAAUCAUAAUUUGCCUGGUUUCGAUCGAUGUACGCUUUCAUCCGGUCACUUGCCGUGACGUGUCGACCUUCUCUUGUCCUUCAGUCACCCGCGCAACACUUGUGCUUACCGCCAUCUCUUUGCAGUUAACUUUUUUUUUUGUACGAGUUUCUGAAUGGACAUCGACCAGAACAGUGCAUUCCACUAAAUGUGCAAGAUAUGGCGUAAAUAAUCUUCGCUUCUUCACUUAAUUGUUUAUUUUUAGUCAGUGUACAUUGCCAUAACAAUAUUUCGCAUUUGUUCUGAAUAAUGACCCUCGGGUCCUGCCGUGAGUAGGCACAAUCGAAUUCUGAUAUGUGAGGUCAGGAAGAGCGGAAAGAACUUAGGUGAACGAAUCAAGUUUUGGAAAUAUGCAGCAUGAUACAUGCACCGGAAUAUCAAGUUUUUUUUUCCGUGCAUUCGGAAGAAUGGAGUCUUGAAAAUGAAUUAUGUGAAUGGUGUUCGUAACUUCGGGUGCUGGGAACAUGAAUGCAGACGAUGACGACCCCUAAAGAAGUCAAAGAGGGAGACACUGAGGAAGACUGGGCCAUUUACGAGAUUCUGUGUAAAGAUUUGCCUACAGAGAUGACUGAAGACGAGGUAGGAGAGAUGUCACAUGAUGUGACAACUUCCCUUCGCAGUGACAUAGCUGCACUUCAGUACAAGCGAGACCGACUACUCAGCGAGUUGCAGGAAAUGAAGGGUCAGCUGCGGAGUCGAGACCAACGUGCCCUGGAGCUGCAGGUGGAGACAGAACAGCUGCGGGAGCAGGCAGCACGCCAGAAUGCUGUUAUUGCCUCUCUCAAGAAGAGGAUUCAGGACCUGGAGGAGAGAGAGCGCAACCUCAUUGCCUCACAAGGGCGAGCUGAGAUGGCAAUGCAGACCCUCCAGCGAGAAAACCGUUAUCAGGAAGAAAAAGUGAAAGAUUUGGAGAAGAAGGUUCAUUCUUUGGAACUGGAAUGCAAUUCUGAGGAGGCAAUGAAGGAGGCUCAGCGUAAGGCCAUGCAGGACCUUGUGCGCAGACUGUCCUCUGCUCUGGGCACAGACUACAGUGAAACAAUGCUGUCCUCUCCAGAUGGCCUCAUUCACAAAGCAUCAGAUUUAGUUCAAGAAACAGCUCGACUGAGGACAAAAUCAUGCACUGUAUCUGACACACUCUCAGCAGUAGAGUCAGAACUGCGAACAUGUCGGGAGGCCUUGGAGAGGGCAGUUGCAGACAGAGACUCACUGCAGAGACAAGCAGCUACGCAUCUGUUGGAGCUUGACCGCCUGAGGCAGGAGAAGGAGUCACUUGAGAUGCAACAACGAGUGGCAGAGAGAGAGCUCAUAGACUUGCGAGAAAAGUUAUCCAUUGCUAACAGGAGCCUGACAUCAGCCACAGACAACAUUGCAUCGCAAGAAACAUCCAUAUGCCAGUUGAGAGAGGACCUAAAGCUGAAGGAGGAGAAACUUCAGAGGCUGCAGAAUGAACUGCGACAUCUGCUAGAAUCACUGGCAAUACAACUGAGUUCUCCUGCCAGAUUUGUUGACACCCAAGAAGGAAGCAUCAAGGAGCGGCUUCGGGAGAUCAUACAGGAGAAUAAGGAUCGACUAACGCAAGUGGAGAACCUGCGGGAGAAAGUGGCUGUGCUGACACAGCAGUUGAACCGCCAGUGUGAACUGCAAGAACAAGCCAAGUCACGUGUGCAUGGGCUUCAGGAUGACAAAACACUGCUAGAGUCUCGACUGAACAAGACAGAAGCAGAGUUGAGUGCGGCUGAAGCCUCAAGAGAUGGGCUGAGACGAGACAAGGCCACUUUCAUGGCUUUCUUGGAGCGCCUUGGCAGAGCUCUCAACAUGGAAGAGAUAUCAAAAGAAGUAGGUGUGGAUCUACACACUGAAUCACUCCUAAUUCGAGCUGAACAGUUGGCAAGACUGGAGAGUGAUAAGUUGAUUGACAAGUACUGGUGGACCUAUGGGACAUUCCCGAGGUUGCGACGGGAACGUUCCUUCCAUGAGCUUCCUCUGCGAGAAACUUCUGCUGUGUACCAGCUUCAACGUCGUGUCCGGACACUGAGGGAACAAUUACAGAGGAGAGAUCUGCACUUAGAUUUGCUACGCAGGAAACUGUCACUGCAGGAAGAGAAUGGCAGGGUGCGAAGUCUGCUGGAAACAGAGAAAGAUGAAGCAAAUCUCAGGGUCAAGAAGCUGCUGAAACAAGUGGACAGAUUGCAGCUUCAGUUGGCUGAAGCGAAGGCACAUUCACGAGACCUGAAGACUCAGUUAGCAGAUGCAGCUGACUACAAGAUAACUGCACUGGAGCGUGGACGCAAAGUUGAGGAACUGCAGAAGAGGCUUGUAGAGUCAGAAAUGCUGAGAACUCGGUACAACCGCAAAGUGGCCCUGCUCAAAGAUCAGGUGCGAACCACAAGCCAGACAGCAGAACAGGAACGCUCUCUGAAUGACCACUCAUUGCAGUUGCUGCGGGAUGAGCUGGCAAGUGUGAAGCAGACUUUGUCUGACUGCCAACACAGAGAGAAUUCUCUGCUAAGUUUUCGUACAUCAGUGUGCAAGCUGUUGGGUAUGGACAGUGGCCUGCCAGACUACGAAUUGAUUGCACGUCUGCAAAAAUUGGUUCAUGCUCACCGUGACUUCACAUUGGUGUCACGUCGCUAUGAUGAUCCACUUCUGCUGCGAAACAGUCCCCCUGCUGGUGGUACAAGGACACCUAUGAUGCUAGGGCCUAGUCCUGGGGGCACUCGGACCCCUCGCUAUGAUGACUCUGGAUUCAUUGACCCACCUGAUCUUAGUACUCUGGAUGAUAGUGAUGAAGUGAAUGGAAUAUACAACAAACGCCCCAUUCGGACAUCAACAUGAUAAUCAUGACCAGAAAGCUGACUCUUGGCUUUCUGGUAGGAUUGUGUUUUUUUGCAUACAGUUUAAAGUGCAUGUUUUUAUCUUAUUUUGUUGAUUUCAUUUGUUCGCAUUUCUAAUUUUAUCAAAGGGAGAACAGUUAUUGCUUUUAUUGGUUUUAAGAUGAUUUAUCAGCUGCAUAGGUUAUAUAAUGUUGAGACAUUUAUUUUUUUUAAAUUACUUCAAACAAAGGAUUAUCUGUGAUCCAGGAAACAAAAGUUGGUGGGGUCCUCAGAAGCUAUGUGUUGCAACUUAGACCUAGUGUCUUCGAGUUUAGUUCCACAUUAUGAAUCAUGUCCUCUGAGUGUCAGGAAGGUUAUGUCUGGUACCUUGAUUCUUUCUGGGAAAACAUAUUGCCACCAUUUACAAUACUUUAUACAUUUUUAUUAAGAAUAUGUAUUAGUGGGAUAUAGAGUGUAAAUUACGAAGAUAACAUACUAAUUGAAACAGCAGCUAUAUAAAGAUUGCAAGAAAUCAGGAUAUAUUUUGCAGAUAAAAAUCAAUUAUAUAGUGAAAGAAAUAUUUGAGUGCAUGCACAUGUGUGUGUGUUUUCCAGUGUCUAUAGAGUGAAAUUAUCAACAGCAAAUCAAUCCUGUGAAAGACAAGCAGAAUUAUUUCUUCUUCCCUUGAGAUGUAAUUGCUUCCUUUGUCAAUAUCUCACUAUACCGUAACUAAACUUUAAAGCGUUAGUAACAUCCAAAUUAAGAGAUUAAAUUAUAUUCACAUGCUUAAGAGAAAUCUGGGAAGGAGAGUCUGAAUCACAUUUUUAGCUCUAUGGCAGUACUUAUAGUCACUUUAAAAGCCAGUGCUACCAUAAAUUUUGGCAUAAGUGUAGUAUAUAAUUCAUAAUAUCUUUGAAUCUUCUCUGUUAAAUUCAUAAGGAACAGAAAAGUUACAUCUAUGUGGUUUCUUUCCAUGUCAGUAUAACAUUAUACUCUCAUAAUUAGAAACAGUAGAAUUGAUAAUUCAAAUUGUAUCCAGACACCCUACUGCAAUACUUCCACUUUGCUUCAACAGCCAUACCUUCCAUGUAUGUAUGUAUAUAACCAAAAGUAUAGAGUAAAUGCCGGUAUAAUUGGAUAUUCUGUAUUAGGUUGGUGGUUGGAAAGAGGAAACUAAAAGGAAAUGACAGGUAAUAUAUGUGUAAUAUAAAGCUCAUUGAAAUUUCAAUGCGAAAUUUGACAAUGCCCAUCUAUAAUUGUAGUUUCCAGAAAUAGACUUUCCAUUGAUCCACUCAUAUACAUCACAGUGACUGAAGAAUGCUUUGAAAUCACAGUUUCACAGAAUAUGCAGGCUAGAAACUUUAAAUAUUCUGGAAAGGCAGAUUGAUAGGAUAAUGGUACUAUAUCCAGAGGUAACAUCUUUUGACAAAGGCUGAGACUACAAUGUUAUUAUAUACCAAAGACCUUGAGGGACACUUUAAAUCACAAUUUUGCAGAAUAUGCACAUCUUUAGCUUGAAAAUGUCUGGAAAGACGGCUUGCUAGAAUAGGAAAUUCUACUAGAAAAAGGCAAUAUUUUUGGCACAGAUGAAGACUGCACUGCUAACUGAGGCAUAAAUACUAUUCACUGCCAUUUACUGCUGCCACCUUUUGGUACAUUUGUAACAAUUAACAGUGACUGCUACAUAACGAUGAAAUAGAAUAUAUUACAAAUAUUGAAAAUGUCAUGACAUCAUAUGGAGGUCUGAAGAUGUUGUAAAUUAUAAAUAAUUUUAAUUAUUAUAAAUGCAUUGUACUCAAAGGUAGAUAAGCAAAUAGGAAGAAAAGAGUAGGAUGUAAGGAAUAGAUUUGAAAUUUUUGAGAAGCAUAAAAUGGAAACAAAAAAGUGUACAGAAAGAGGUAUUUGAUAAGGAAUUUACAGUUUAUGGAUGCUUAAAGAAGUAGAAUGAAAUAUUACAAGAUUGUCAGAUGUAACUAGAAAACUAGAAGAGCUGUAGUGUGAAAAGUGGAACUUACAGAUCCGCAGACCCCUUGGAUUAAGAUGGUUUCCCAAAAUGUUAGAGUUACACGUAGAAGCGAAGAGGAGUAGUUUUAUUUGUAUUGGAAGAAGGAUUUAUUAUUUGUUUAUCAGAAGUAAAGGAAAAAUAAUUUUAUUUUUGUCAGAAGAAGGGUAUUUAUUGAUGUUUGUUAAUUUGGAAGAUGAUUUAUCAAUUAUAUAUAUUAUAUAAUGCUGUUGCAUUUAUUUUUCAAAUUUAUUUUACAGGUAACAUGAUAAAAAUAUGUGAGACAACAUAGCUAUUUGGAUGAUUUUUGCUCAUUGAUCCACCCAUGUGUGGAACUAAUUCCAGGGUUGAAUAGAUAUGCCAUGGAAGUAAUAGAAUAAAUUCAUUAGAACUCUACAGUUUUUAUCCCUGAAUAGAGCUAUUUUUACAAUGCAGAUGAGGUGUCACAUACAUUUCUAGCAACCAUGGGCAGAUUGGUACCGACUGGUUAUGCAAUGAGCGAUGCCAGUGUCCAAGUAUGUAGAUGUGUGAUGCCCUCCACAGAUUAAGCUCAAGCCUGUCCAACUUGAUAUCCAUCUUUUUAAUGGUCUUCUUACAUAUUCUUAUGUCUUUGGAUUUUAGUGAAGAGCAUGUUUUUGAAGUCUGUUACUAUGUGUUCUAUUAAGGUAUGCAGGUUAAUUUAUAAUGCUGUUUUUAAAUUUAUUGUAUAGAUGUUUGGUUCAUUUGGUAUUGUUUCUUUUUCAUCUUUGUCUAAAUUUUUACAUAAAGCAGCACUUCAGAAACGUAAUUUCUGCUGCUUGAAUUGCGCUGUUUCUGUAGUUCAUGUUUCAUGUAAUUAUAAAAGUGUUACAACUGACAUUAUUUUAUAAGAUGUUGACUUCAUCGGUUAUAGCAAUUAAAGUUGUAUUGAUUACCACAAAAUAAAAUUGCUUGUGAAGCAAUGUGAA